GCCCGGUGGUGGGUUGACAGUUAAGGGGGAGUGAGUUCACAUGAGUGAGCGAAAGACAGGUCGUCGGCAGCGAAAGCCUAGUGGGGGGCUCACAAACCUCAACCGCGAGAGGUGGAAGUUCCUGUCCAAUGUGGAAGAACUUCCCAUUGGGGGGCUUAAAAAGUCACGCAGCAAGUCGAACGUGGCCGUUCCGAGGGGGUCGAUGAUGGCAACGGAGGGUGGUUCGACCAAGCCCCCCAGAGGCUCCAACCAACCGAUGGCCGUAGACAUUGACGGCGAUGGCAUGAUCGACGUGCGUGAGAUGCGCAUGGCCAAAUAUCUGCACGACAUCACGUCCAAAAUGACUAAACCCGACGGCAGCGCGCCGACCGAUGCCGAGCUGCAUGACAUGCAUGUCACGGUGGGCAGGUAUACCCUGGCACAGGACUUUGUGCAUCGUAACAAGGGCAAACUGUGGCGGUAUGGCCCCACGUUUGCCGACAAGUCGGAUGACGAAUGCGUGACGUUUGUGGCCGAGCACAAAAACUUCAAGAAGAUGCUGCCAUACCUCGAGUUCAUGGAGCGGCGGCGAACAAUCCGGUCGUCGUCCAACAUUCGAUCGUGUUUGAACGAAAAGUCUGCAUUUAGUAGUGGUAGUGGCCAGGAAGUGACCGACAAUGUCGCAGACGACGACCACCGUCAAACGUGGGUGUACACUCAGCGAAAGCUCAAAACGCCCACGCACAUGAAGAUGAUGGCCCUGCACAAAGCCGUCAACUCGACAUACGCGAGCCGCCUUGAAGAGCCGGAUGACCCCCUGCCCCCAUCGCUGGACGCGUUGGACGAACCACCCGUGUCGCCCCCCAACAAGCCCCUCGGCCUCGACCCGCUCGGUUCAACCCACAAGACCGUGUUUCAAAACAACUUUGGCGUGAUCGACAUUGACGGCGACGGUGUGAUCGACGACUUUGAAAUGCAUUUGCACGUUCAAUUGCAAGACUCCCAAGCCCAUCACGCGGAAGCCGUCGACUUGAACGGCGACGGCCACAUCGAUGCCGUCGAAGCCAUGCUCCACGAAAAAGCCAAGAGUGUGCUGCUGCAGGCGGAAGGGCGGCAUCUCAUGGCCAAGGACUUUGUCAAGCGCAACACGGGCGAUAUGUGGCUGUACAACCCCGUAUAUCGCAACAAGUCGGACGACGAGGUGGUCGAGUUGCUUGCUAACGACAAGGGCGUGUUCAGCAAAACGAUGAACAAGUUGAGGGCCAAGGAACGCGUGCUUGGCCUCAAGUCGUCCAAAGGCGUGACGGCGUGUCUCGUGGACCCGAAAGAGCUCAAGUAUCGCCCCGACCCAGCCAACAUUCUCACGCCGCGGCAAGUCAACAGCAAGACGGAACUAGACAUGGCACAGCGACAGUUUAGCAAACACCUCAACAGCCACGGGGGACACGAGGGCGGGAGUGUCUUUGUCAAACAUUUGCGACUGGAUACGCUGCAACAGCACGAACACCAAUCGCCCCCCGAGAAGAACCAGGGGGGGGGACUCGGGCGUAGUCACAGCACCCCCGUGAUCGGCCUCCCAAAGUUGUACGCGUCACCGAUCAAGCUGGCAUCCGUGCGCGAGUUUAGGAUAACCAAGUGGAAGACGGGCGACGCGCAAAAGUAGCAGCCACGAACGACCUGUACUAGAGUGAUUCCGUCCGAUAUACUUCAUAACGUUCUAAUAUCGUUAUACAUCUUUCCUCA